AUGGCUACAGAUGGAAAAGCAGCGGUCCAUGAGGACGGGCCUCCUGUAGUCUCCUGGCUCCCUGAGGAGGGAGAGAAGUUGGACCAGGAAGGCAAGGACCAGGUGAAGGAUCGGGACCAAUGGACCAACAAGAUGGAGUUUUUGCUGUCAGUGGCCGGGGAGAUCAUUGGGCUGGGCAAUGUCUGGAGGUUUCCCUAUCUCUGCUACAAAAAUGGAGGUGGAGCCUUCCUCAUCCCAUACUUUAUCUUCUUCUUCACGUGCGGCAUCCCCGUGUUCUUCUUGGAGGUGGCGUUGGGCCAGUAUACCAGCCAAGGGAGCGUCACGGCCUGGAGGAAGAUCUGUCCCCUCUUCCAGGGCAUUGGUCUGGCCUCUGUGGUCAUUGAGUCCUACUUGAAUGUCUACUACAUCAUCAUCCUCGCCUGGGCCCUCUUCUACCUGUUCAGCUCCUUCACCUCUGAGUUGCCCUGGAUGACCUGCACCAAUUCCUGGAACACAGAGCACUGCAUGGACUUUCUGAACCACUCGGGAUCCAGUACAGUGACCCCUUCUGAGAACUUCACCUCACCUGUCAUGGAAUUCUGGGAGAGACGGGUUCUGGGCAUCACAGUGGGUAUCCACGACCUGGGGGCUCUGCGUUGGGAGCUGGCCCUAUGCCUCCUGCUGGCCUGGAUCAUCUGCUACUUCUGCAUCUGGAAGGGGGUCAAGUCCACAGGCAAGGUUGUUUACUUCACAGCCACCUUUCCCUACCUGAUGCUCAUUAUCCUGCUGAUCCGUGGCGUCACGCUUCCCGGAGCCUAUGAGGGCAUCAUCUAUUACCUGAAGCCGGAUUUGUUUCGCCUUAAGGACCCCCAGGUGUGGAUGGAUGCGGGCACCCAGAUCUUCUUCUCCUUUGCCAUCUGCCAGGGGUGCCUGACAGCCCUGGGCAGCUACAACAAGUAUCACAACAACUGCUACAGGGACUCCAUCGCCCUCUGCUUCCUGAACAGUGCCACCAGCUUUGCGGCUGGGUUUGUCGUCUUCUCCAUCCUGGGCUUUAUGUCCCAAGAACAGGGGGUGCCCAUUUCUAAAGUGGCUGAGUCAGGUCCUGGUCUGGCCUUCAUCGCAUUCCCCAAGGCUGUGACUAUGAUGCCCUUGUCCCAGCUGUGGUCCUGCCUUUUCUUCAUCAUGCUCAUAUUCCUAGGGCUGGACAGCCAGUUUGUCUGUAUGGAGUGCCUGGUGACGGCUUCCAUGGACAUGUUCCCCAGGCAGCUCCGGAAGAGCAGGCGGCGGGAGCUCCUUAUCCUCGGCAUUGCAGUCACGUGCUACCUGAUAGGGCUCUUGAUGGUCACCGAGGGUGGGAUGUAUAUCUUCCAGCUCUUUGAUUACUAUGCUUCCAGUGGCAUAUGCCUGCUCUUCCUCUCGGUGUUUGAAGUGAUCUGCAUCAGCUGGGUGUAUGGGGCGAAUCGCUUCUAUGACAACAUUGAGGACAUGAUCGGCUACCGCCCAUGGCCCCUGGUGAAGAUCUCCUGGCUUUUCCUGACCCCUGGACUUUGCCUGGCCACUUUCCUCUUCUCUUUGAGCAACUACACACCUCUCACGUACAACAACAUCUAUGUGUACCCUCCCUGGGGGUACGCCAUCGGCUGGUUCUUGGCUUUCUCCUCCAUGGCCUGCGUCCCUCUCUUCAUCCUCAUCACUAUUCUGAAGACCCAGGGUUCCUUCAAGAAGCGCCUGCGACAGCUCAUCACCCCUGACUCCAGCCUGCCACAGCCCAAGCAACACCUCUUCCCAGACGGUGGCAGUGGCCAGGACUGCAGGUGCUCACCAACAAAGGAGGGACUAAUAGCUGCGGAGAAGGAGACUCAUUUGUAG